AUACUUCCUCACCGGAAGUACUACAGUUAGGCAACAAAUUUUCAGCAUGGAAUCAGUGAAAACAAACGACGUGACGACAGAAAUGUGUCCAACCCAGAAGAUGAGUCACAGAAAAUGGAAAGCCAUGAUGCGCAAACAGAAAAGACGAGCAAAGCGACAGUUGGAGGAUCAGCAGAAACCACCCGACAAAGCUGGGUCUGUGAGCGAGUCUGAGGAUGAAGCGGCACUACAGGCACAGGAGGAAGAGAGGCAGCGGCAGCAUGAACUGUGGCUGGAACGAGAGAAGAAAGCAGAAGAAGAAUGGCUGGCCAAACAGGAGAGAGAGAAGAAGGAAAAAGAGCGGAGACUCGAAGCGGAGCGAAAGAUUCGGGAGGAGUGGGAAGAACGGCAGAAGAAGGAGGAGGCGGAAGAAGAGGAGAGGGAGAAGAUAGAGAGAGAGAAGAAAGAGAAACAGGCUCAACUACUUCAACAAGCUACAGCCAAUGACAACCAGGAUGCUUGGCACAACCCGAUCGCCCCCAUGGUGUAUGGCAAGGAGCGGGACCAGUGUCCCUUCUUCAUGAAAACAGGAGCCUGCAGAUUUGCUGAACGGUGCUCACGUUCACACACGUACCCGGAGUCGAGCUGCACCAUCAUGCUGCCCGGGAUGUUCGCCAACUUCCGCCUGGAGCAGAGUUUAGUGGAUGAGAAUGACACAGAUCUGGCACUAGAGUAUGACGACAAGGAGCUGUACGAGAACUUUACGGACUUCUACAACGACGUGCUGCCAGAGUUCCGCGGCAUGGGUCGGGUCAUCCAGUUCAAGGUCAGCUGCAACUGUGAGCCACAUUUGCGGGGAAAUGUCUACGUCCAAUACCGACGUGAGGAUGAUGCUCAGAAGGCGUUUGUCAAGUUCAAUGGCCGGUGGUACGGAGGCCGGCAGAUCUCUUGUGUCUUCAUCAACAUUGCCAGGUGGAAGUCAGCAAUAUGUGGUCAGUCUUUUGUCAAGAGGUGUCCGAAGGGGAAAUCUUGCAACUUUCUCCAUGUAUUCAGGAACCCUGGAAAUGAAUUCUGGCUAGCAGAUAAAGAUUACGAAAUGUCUGAGAGAGACCAUCGAAGUUCAGACCAAAGGGAUAACCAUCAUCGGUAUGGGUCUGACAGAAGAGAUCGUUAUUCACAUAGAGACAGGUUUGAUUACAAUGGACGUGAUCAUAGUUAUGACAGUAGAUACAAAAGUAGGAGGCAUGACAGGUCAAGGUCACGGUCAAGGUCACCAAAAUGGAAGGGAGGAAACAGAUCAAGAUCAAGGUCUCCAUCAAGGUCACGUCGAAAGAGAUCAAGGUCAAGAAGUCGCAAAUCUAGGUCUCCGUCUCGAUCAGUCAGACACAGAUCUGGUUCAAGGUCGCCAAAAUCGAGACGGUUAAAAUAUCGUAAGUCAAGAUCACCAGUCUCUCCGGAGUCAAGAACUACAAGACGUAACAAAUCAGAGUCUAGAUCUCCAUCAAGAUCGAGUAAAAGAAGGUCACGAUCAAAAGGUCGAAGGUCAAGGUCUCCAUCACAUUCCAUGGAAAAUGUCCAAACUUCCAGUAAUGGUCAGUCAAAUGGAACUCAUAAAGCUAAAAAGACAGAAAGCUCCACUGACAGCGAUUCAGAAAAUAGUAGGUCCAGUCGUAGUGUCUCUAAAACAAAACACAAAAGGUCCAAAAAGCAUAAAAAACAUAAACAUAAAAGUCACAAGAAGAAAACUUCAGAAAAAGAUAAAACUAAGGCAAAAGUUCAAUCCAUCAGUGAUCCAGAAUCUCCAGAGGAUCGUAAUGGCAAACUCAACAUAAUCGAGAUCCCACAGGACAGUGGCGAGGAGGACCUCGGUGAUGUCAUAUUUGAAGAUGUGUAUGUGUAAGGCGACCUCAUAUAGCUGAUCUAGUCUUUUCAGUGUCACAAGCUCUGAAUAGACAAUAGUAAACCCAGUUGAGCUCAGGAUAAACCCACCUCUAGUGGCAGUCAUGUAGUACGUGGAUAUCAUUACACAUUUGCUACAGUCUUCUUUCAUACAUAUGAAACAUAUCCUUAAACAAUCAGAUUUAUGCACAUGGCAAACGAUGUGUUUCUAUGCAGGGUCUUUUAAACGAUUGCUCAUUUUAUGUAUUGCUCAACCUCUCCUUGUCUUCUUUUAGAUUUCAGAUUUCUACUGACACUUCCAUAUUGGAUACUUUAUAUAAUCUUGCCCAUAGUGGUAGUUGAAGUGAAAUGACUUUCCCUCAUUGCUGCAUAUGCAGUUUAGCAGUUGUCAGUGCUGACUGGCUGGUUAAACAAAAACUUCACAAAGCUUCAUUCUGGUCAUAUAAGUACAACAUAAUAUACCAUCUUGCAUUGCUGUGAACUUAUUUCAUGAAAUUUGAGACAAUGUCCUUAAAGCCGUAAUGAUACUCCUUUAAUGACAAUGAAGCUGUGAUACAAUACAUAUCCCGAUAAUAUGGGUGUGAUACGAUUGAUAUCGCAAUAAUAUGGGUUAGAUACGAUACAUAUUGCAAUGACAUAGGUGUGAUAUGAUUUGUAGGCCAAUAAUAUGGGUAUUAUCGUUUCGUAUCCUGAUAAUAUGGGUGUCAUACGAUAUGUAUCCCAAUAAUAUAGGUGUGAAAUGAUUCGUAUGCCUAUAAUAUUGGUGUAAUAUGUUAUAUAUCCUGAUAGUAUCGGUGUGAUACAUUUCGUAUCCUGAUACUCCUUUCAUUUCAUAAGUUCAUAUUCUCUCCCUCUUUGCAAUUGAAUCACAACCCUGAGUCAUUUGUUUUCACAAUUCAGUUAGCAAAUAUUGGGUAUUGUAGGGAAGAAACAAACAAGCUUUGGGUCACUGUGCAGAUUCUGCUGUUUAUUGCCAACCAGGAAACAGAUCACCUGCAUAAAGUGGUUGUUGAACAGUUCCUUUCAUACAGGCUGGUAUCUCUUACAGCAUAGUCUAUGUGUUACCUUCCAAAGAGUUUUCCGAUAUCUGUGUUUCACUGUUGACUUGAAAAUAAACCAUUUGUUACAAUGAAA